AUGUUACAUCAAAAUUCUGGUUCCGUCUCAAACAUAGUGAUCGAUGGCUGGAUUCCUCACAACCUGAAGACCUCAGUGGGGACUCAGAAUCUCCAGGUGGAGGUGAUCAGAUCUUCGAUCCACCAGAAUUACACAGAGGCAGAGCUGAAGUGUCGCAGCAUUUGCAGUCAAGCUGCUCGUCCUUUCUACAUCUGGUACAAGAAUGAAGUGAAAAUUAUGGAAGGAACUUCUUCUUAUUACACAGUCAAAAUAUAUCCUGAUGACAGCUAUUCUUGUGCUCUAAAAGGACAUGAGGGUUUCCGCUCUCCUUCAGUGUAUGCUCCGAAGGUUCCCUCAGUGUCGGUGAGGCCCUCUGGUGAAAUAGUGGAGGGCAUUUCAGUGAAUCUGACCUGCAGCAGUGAUGCUAACCCAGCAGCUAAUUAUACCUGGUACAAGAAGAAUGGAAAUCCAGACCAGGAACCUUUCAGAACAGGACCACAGCUGGACUUUGUUUCCAUCCAGUCCUCUGACUCUGGAGAGUUUUACUGCACAGCGCAGAAUGAGCUGGGAGAGAAGACAUCUGACUCCACCUAUAUUGAUGUGAAAUAUGGUCCCAGGAUGCCCUCUGUAUUGGUGAGUCCCUCUGGUGAAAUCAUGGAAGGCAGUUCAGUGACUCUGACCUGCAGCACUGAUGCUAACCCAGCAGCUACUUACACCUGGUACAAGGAGAACCAAACUCUGCUUCAAGGCCCAGAGGAAAUUUAUCACUUCACCUCCAUCAGCUCUGAGGACACAGGGACAUACCACUGUCAGUCUGAGAAUCAAUAUGGACAAAACUCUUCAUCUCACUUCAUUGAUGUCCAAUAUGCUCCGACGGUUCCCUCAGUGUCGGUGAGGCCCUCUGGUGAAAUAGUGGAGGGCAGUUCAGUGACUCUGAACUGCAGCAGUGAUGCUAACCCAGCAGCUAAUUAUACCUGGUACAAGAAGAAUGGAAAUCCAGACCAGGAACCUUUCAGGACAGGACCACAGCUGGACUUUGUUUCCAUCCAGUCCUCUGACUCUGGAGAGUUUUACUGCACAGCGCAGAAUGAGCUGGGAGAGAAGACAUCUGACUCCACUUCUAUUGAUGUCAAAUAUCCUCCGAAGGUUCCCUCAGUGUCGGUGAGUCCCUCUGGUGAAAUAGUGGAGGGCAGUUCAGUGAAUCUGACCUGCAGCAGUGAUGCUAACCCAGUAGCUAAUUAUACCUGGUACAAGAACAAUGAAGCCUCACCAAAAGCAUUGGGACAGACCUUCACCAUUACAGACAUCACAUCUGAACACAGUGGAGAAUAUUACUGUGAAGUCCAAAACAAAAGAGGACGUCAUCAAUCCACCUUACAGUUGAAUGUUGUGGCAGCUGCUUGGAAAACUAGUGUUGCUGCUGUAACUGCUACUGGUUUCCUGGUGAUCAUGCUCAUCCUCAUUUUCCUGUGGAUUAGAAGAAGGAAGGGCUCCAAACAACCAUCUGAAGCUAGACAAAGCUCAGGCAACAAUCUACAGUUAAACCCUGUGUAUGACAACACAUCAGCUACAGCACAGACACAACAGACAGAGCAGCAGGAUGAGCUUCACUACGCCUCCGUCCACUUCUCGAAGAACACAGAGGAUUGUCUCUACUCCAACGUUAAUAUACCUCGGCCCCAGAGAGAGGAAGAGGAGGAAAUCCAAUAUGCUGUUGUCAACUUUAAACCAGACAAAUCAGAGCCCGGGUGA